AUGGUAAUGAAUGCAGAUCAGGGAGGAAACGGGGGAAAGGUACCAGGAGCAAAAGCAAAGGCAGUGGAUAAGAAGAUGAAGAAACUUCCAAAGAUGGACUCCUCAACUGACGAAGAGGAAGAGGAAGAAUCGAGAAGAAGGGAGGAAGCCAGAAAAAGACGGCAAGAAGAGGAGAGGCGAAAGAAAGUCGAAGAACGGGAGAGAAGAGAAAAAGAGAAGCAAGAAAUGGAUAAGCAGCGCCUGCAGCAACGUUUGCUUCAGACCAUCUUGGGGAUGGAAGAAUUAACCCAGAGUGUCGAUAAAUUGGCGAGUACUCUGAAAAUCACGCCUGAGGAAAUUCUGGGGGUCGUCAACGAGGACAAAAGUAAUGCCAGGUGCGAAGAAGGCCAUGAUAUCAUGACAGACCAUAACCGCCGCCUCCUCCGUCAAUUCGACUUGGAAAGCAUCGAUUGCCGGAUGCUAAUGAAGUUCCUCGAGCCAGACUCUAUUACUCCUGAUCCGUGCUGGGAAUACAAUCUCUCAGGAUGCAAAGAGGAUCAAUGUCUCAAGAUGCACCUAUGUGCGGAUUACAUUUCAGGGGCUUGCAAGGCGUGCGAGCUGAAUCAUGACGUCCAGGAAGCACAAUGUGGGACAUUGUUGAGGCAGGCCAAUGUUAAAUUGAGUCGAUCCAGAAAGGAACUGAGAUUAGCCAUUUCUUACUCCAUUCGUCCAAAAGCAGCAAAUCCUGCUCGGUUCUCUUCCUAUCCGCCUCCUUCCUGA